AUGGCUUGGAAGGCUUUGCAUCCUGACGACGAUUACUCCAUUUGGGAGUAUCGUUUUGAGCAAGCCAUUGAAGAGCUUGACAAGGAGCGGCUGCAGGCAAAGAAAAAUGGCAGAGCUGAUGACAAGGACAUGGCUGAAAAUGAGGACUUUAAGCAGGAUGAGGGUCAUCCGGAUGAUGCUGGUGAAAAGCUGGAUGAGAAUGCGCAGGCCACUGCCAAUAUUCGUACCGAGUUGGAGGCGGCCAAAAAGAAGAACAAUGAGUUGGAGGUGACAGUCAAGAGUCUCCAAAAUGAGCUGAAGCCGCUUAGGCAGAAGAUGACUCACUUCGAGUCCAUGGAGAAAUCCUUAACCAAUGUCAAAGAGCACCUGGUUCAGCAGGAGAAGAGCCUCACCGAUGAGCUCUCGGCCAAGGCCGAAAAGGAGAAAAUGGAGCUAGCCUAA